AUGGUUCCAAUUCGAGCAGCUCUGCAGACAACUAGUUUGAUUAAAACUUUUCUAACUCCAUCGACAUCACGGGAUUUAAGUUAUAUAAUAAAGUCCCCCUCUCUGUUAUCACUCGACCUUGCAGAUUCAUGGUCUUCUGCUUCCCAGCAAUCCGAACACUCAUCUAUCAGGGAAUGUCCAAAUUACCGGACUGCCACAAUAAUUGAUGGGAAAUCAAUUGCUGAGAAAAUAAGGUCUAGCAUAGCUUCUGAAGUAAGGCGAAUGAAGGAAUUAAUAGGGCAAGUUCCCGGCUUGGCUGUCAUAUUAGUGGGUCACCGAAGAGAUUCACUGAUAUAUGUGCACAACAAAAUUAUUGCUAGUGAAGAAGUCGGUAUCAAGUAUAAGAUGGUGUCGCUUCCAGAAAAUUGUUCUGAAUGGGAAGUUUGUAAUGCUUUGUGUAGCUUUAACGAGGAUCCAUCAAUUCAUGGCAUUCUUGUCCAGCUUCCCUUGCCACAGCAUUUGGAUGAGGCUAAAAUACUUAGUGGCAUAAGCCUAAAUAAAGAUGUCGAUGGUUUCCAUCCUCUGAACAUUGGGAAUUUGGCCAUGCAAGGAAUGGAGCCAUUGUUCAUUCCUUGUACCCCAAAGGGUUGUAUUGAGUUGCUUCUGCAGUCUGGUAUUGAGAUUAUGGGGAAGAAUGCUGUGGUGAUUGGUCGAAGCAACAUCGUUGGAUUGCCCACAUCCUUGUUGCUUCAGAGGCACCAUGCCACAGUGACUGUUGUUCAUGCAUAUACAAAGAACUUGGAAAAAAUUGCCCGUGAAGCUGAUAUUUUAGUUACAGCUGCUGGCGUCCCAAAUUUGGUCCGUGGUAGUUGGUUAAAGCCUGGUGCUGUUGUCGUUGAUGUUGGAACUAACCCUGUUGAGGAUGAGAAAAGCGAGCAUGGUUACCGGCUGGUUGGAGACGUUUGUUUUAAGGAAGCAAUCGGAAAAGGCUGUGUAAUUACGCCUGUGCCCGGAGGAGUUGGGCCUAUGACUGUUGCAAUGCUGCUUUAUAACACUCUUGAGUCGGCAAAAUGGGCAUUCGAGUUUACCUGA